CGCAGCUCGAGCCGCAGCCUUCGCGCCGUCGCCACAGCCCCUCGCUUCGUGGGUCGGUCCUUCCGGCACACGGGCUCCAGCCGCGCCCGCAGCCGCCCUCCGAGCCCUUCAGGCCGCCCUGGUCUCCUCGCCCGGCCCGACCCAGCCCGUGAAGAUGGUGGACCGCGAGCAACUGGUGCAGAAAGCCCGGCUGGCGGAGCAGGCGGAGCAGGCGGAGCGCUACGACGACAUGGCCGCGGCCAUGAAGAACGUGACAGAGCUGAAUGAGCCACUGUCCAAUGAAGAAAGAAACCUUCUCUCUGUGGCCUACAAGAAUGUAGUUGGGGCACGCCGUUCUUCCUGGAGGGUCAUCAGUAGCAUUGAGCAGAAGACAUCUGCAGAUGGUAAUGAGAAGAAGAUAGAGAUGGUCCGUGCUUACCGUGAAAAAAUAGAGAAGGAAUUGGAGGCCGUAUGUCAGGAUGUGCUGAGCCUGCUGGAUAACUACCUGAUCAAAAAUUGCAGUGAGACCCAGUAUGAGAGCAAAGUGUUUUAUCUGAAGAUGAAAGGGGACUAUUACCGCUACCUGGCUGAAGUCGCCACUGGAGAGAAGAGGGCGACCGUCGUGGAGUCAUCUGAGAAGGCCUACAGCGAAGCCCAUGAGAUUAGCAAGGAGCACAUGCAGCCCACUCACCCCAUUAGAUUAGGCCUGGCCCUUAACUACUCCGUUUUCUACUAUGAGAUCCAGAACGCCCCAGAGCAAGCCUGCCACUUGGCCAAGACCACUUUUGAUGACGCCAUUGCUGAGCUCGACACUCUCAACGAGGACUCCUACAAGGACUCCACGCUCAUCAUGCAGCUCCUCCGAGACAACCUCACGCUCUGGACAAGCGAUCAGCAAGACGACGACGGUGGAGAAGGCAAUAAUUAAGGCCCCCAGGUGGACUGGCAGCACACGCUGAUGCUACUACUGCAGUCUUUAUUUUUUUCCCAUGAGUUGGGGGUCGGGUGGGGGAGGGAAAGGGAGCGAUGACCUUCCUAGGGAGAAACCCACGACCUGUCCUGUCUUUGAUCGCCUCUUUGACAUUUUUGCCAAAAUACCACUAGUGGAAAGUCAGGCUAGCUGUGCUGGUAUUGGAAUAGCAGCCUCACACUGGCAUAUGGACUGUUCUGUAGAUUAAUGCAAGUGGAGCUGUCCUUAAUUUAACUUAUUGCUAGAAAAUAGGGUUUUAAGAUGAAAAGAAAACUUAAACGGAAUAGCCCUCAUUCAAUAAGUUCUGUGGUUCCAAUAAGGAUUUUUAUGUACAUAUGCUCUUGUCUUUUAAGUUCUGGGUACUUUCUAGCUCAUCUGUUUUAGCUGUGCAUUUUGUUUUUCAGGGUGUACUCUACCAGACAUGGAAUAGUUAAAAUCCCAAGCUGAUAGACUUAGAACAUAAGGUAUAUUUAUCCUUGUGGUUUAGGCCUUGCCAGUUUUCAGAAGCUUCUGAUUAGUUGACAGUAUUAACACUAAAUUGCAGUUUACAGUAUUUCUACAUUACAGCCAUAUGUGACAUCAAGCCAUUGUGAUUGUGUGUUUUUCUUAUUUUGGCUUUUACAUCCUUAUUCAGCCUCAUCCAGGUUGGUUUUGCUGUUAUCUGUCUCCUAGGCCAAAAGGCUUGCCUGAGGAGAAUCAAAGCUACUUUAGGUUUUGUUGAAUAGGUGCUUGGCAGAUGGCUGUGGGAUUUUUGUCCUUCUUUCUUCUUAACUUAAAUCCACCACAAAAAUGAUUAAUCACUUUAAUAGAAACGUUAAACACCACAAAAAUAGAGAAAAUUCAGGUCUGUAUGUCAUUUACUGUGCUGAUAUUUCCAGAGAAAUCCUGAUUUUUUUCAGCCGCCAUAGCUUCUUCCUCAGGGACUGCACUGCUGUCUCACUCCUCACUUGAGUCUUCCGUACUGUACCUUGUGCCCAGGGCAUGCACUCGGGUGGGUUGAAAAGCUGUUGGGUUGUAGAAGUUGGCGGUCGUUUUGAGAAAGUUUGUGGUGCAGUGUGUGAAAAUUCAGGUGCUAGGAGCUUACUGGUAGAAAAAUCCUAAAGGAAGAGCUCUAUUUGUAAACAUUCUGUCCAGUUUCAGGAGCCUCGUGUGUCAGUUUUUCCUCCCUGAAAACACUCCUUCCCCAAAUAAUCAUUGUAGGAAAAUAAACUAAAAUCAUUAUCAGAUAAUAAAUAUUUAACUCCUAUUUGACCAAA